GCCGAUGACGGCGCGUUCUUCGGUCUUGGCCAUAUACCCAACAGCGACUGCACAAGUGUCGGGGACGUCGAGCCCGAUGCAGUGGAUCCGUCACUAGAAUACGUCUCCCGUCCAUUGAAACGGAAGCGAUGCGCGGACACAAGCACCUAUGAUGUUCGCGUAAAGAGAGCGCGGACGUCUGGCACUUCGAGCGGCGCAACUAAGGCCGAGGACCGCGCUUGUUUCGGUCUUGGGCAUAUUUCCACUCACGACUACACGAAGAGUAGGGUCGUCGACCCGGAUGCUGUUCACGUGGUCCACCCCCGUAUUGACCUAUACGUGCCACUUGAAGCCACCGCGCGCCCGCCGAAGCGAAAACGCUGUGCGGACCCGACGACCGAUGAGGUCCGUAUAAAGAGAAGGCGGUUGUCUGACAGUCCGAGCGACGCGUCAAAACUCAAGGAUGGCGAUCUUUUUGGACCUCACCCUCGAUGCAUGAUCACGGGCUGCGUGUCUGCUGAGGUGGAGGCGUGCUACAUCCUGCCUCCCGACACGCCCCAACCGUUAAACGACUGCACGACGCUUCUCGUGCCUACUGACUCUAAUGCCGUCCAUUGUAGCACGCCUGCAAACAUCAUAUUCCUCCGACGCGACCUGCGUUUAUUAUGGAAAACGAACCGCCUGUUAAUGAUACCCCAUCCCGAUCAUAUAAAUCACCCCGAUACCCGCCCUGUCUACACAUACCACGUCAUCGCAGAGGAUGAGCACCCUGCAGACUCGCGCAAACCCAGGGAUGAUACCACUACAUCCCCAGUUGCGACAGCUACUAGCUCGUAUCGCUCGCUGGGGUGGCAUGACCUGAGUGCAAAUCUGCAUCUGAUGACAGUUCGAGUGGGUCGUGAAUUCAUCAAGCGACCGCUCCACUACCAGCAUUUAUUACCUACAGACGCUCUUGUACAGAUACCCAUCAUCAGGCUGGUCCACCCAGAUGCAGUCGAGCCGGCCUCCCUCCACAUUGAACAGGAAUCGCCAGUCAAAGACAUCCCCCGCCCGCCGAAGCGGAAAUGGUGUCCGGACACAGAGCCUGAUGAAGUUCCUGCCAAGAGAGUGCGCACUGCAAGCGAGGCGUCCAAGGACCGCAUUCCUUUCGGACCUCACCCGAGGUGCAUGAUCACUGGGUGCGUGUCUGCUGAUGUAGAAGCGUGUUAUAUACUGCCUCCCGACAUGCCUCAGCUAUUGAUUGACUACAUGACAUUCAACAUGUGUACCGACUAUGACGUCUUCCUGUGUCACGCGCCUGAGAAUAUUAUAUUCCUUCGACGGGACCUCCGGGAACUGUGGGAAACGAACCGCUUGUUGAUGAUACCACAUCCUCAGCAUUUAGAGGAUUUUGAUUAUUGCACUGUGUACAAGUAUUACGUCAUCGCAGAGGACGAGCACCCUCCAGACUCAUGCGCGACCAUGGGACACCCUAUUACACCUUCCGUCAUGACGGCACCAUGCUCAUAUCGCUCGCUUGGAUGGCACGAGCUGGACGCCGAUCUCUAUUCGAUGGCUUUUCAUGCGGGUCGGAAAUUGAGCAAGCGACCACUGCACUACCAGCAUAUCUUGCGGGAGUUGCUGCCCCAUAAGGAGGUCAAUCAUACGUACAUCAUAAUCGACGGUUAUGGACAACCGGCGAACCCUCACCAUGUCCUGAUGGUUAUUACCGCCGCCCCUUCACCGAAUAUUGCUCUCCUCUGUCGGAUGACGACACAGCCCGCUUUCCUCGCCGAUCUCGGUUUGUCGUCUCAGGGAUAA